AUGAUCGGAAAUGUUGAGAGAAGACAAGUACCUAAAAGAAAAAAAGUUUCCAAACCUGUUGCCCAAAAUGAAGAACCUACCAAAAUAGAUCUUUCGGCAGACUGCAAAACUGAUAUCGGUCGACAACCCAAAAUAAAGACAAAAAAUAAUGGUCGAAUCAAUCCAAAUAGCAGGAGAAAUUUCUUAAGACCGCAUAAUUUCCCAGUUUGUUCAGAAUGUGGACCUCCGUGUCCGUGGUCCCUUGGAUAUGAUGAGAUUCCACAUCGUUCCUGCCAACGUCUUCCACCUGUAAAUCCGAACUCAAAAGUGAAACCCACAACUCAGAAAGGACCUGUGCAAUGUGAAGUUGAUGCUGUGGUAAAUGUUGAAAUUGGGGCAAAUACUAAAGGAGAGAAUCCAAAAUCUCGAAAAUCGUGCGCGAAGGCCAA